GUAAGCUGAACCAUGUACUCAGGGAAUCAAACUUCAGAGAAUCAAACAUCAAGCACCUAUUUCAUCCUCAUGGGGCUCUUUGAUCAAACUAAAUAUGCAGCCUUCCUCUAUACCUUGAUCUUUGUCCUUUUCUUGAUGGCCCUAACUGGGAAUGCCCUUCUAAUCCUCCUAAUCCAUAGGGAGCCCUGCCUUCACACUCCCAUGUACUUCUUCAUCAGCCAGCUCUCCCUCAUAGACCUCAUGUACAUAUGUGCGACAGUCCCCAAGAUGCUCAUGGACCAGGUUACUGGAGAUAACACAAUUUCCCACUUAGGUUGUGGGGUCCAGAUGUUCUCCUAUCUCACCCUCGCUGGAGCUGAGGUUUUCCUCCUAAGUGCCAUGGCCUAUGACCGAUAUGCUGCCAUUUGCAGGCCUCUCCAUUACCCGCUGCUCAUGAACCAGAAAGUCUGCCAUCUCUUCAUGUCUGGAUGCUGGUUCCUGGGAAUGUUUGACGGUUUGUUGCUCACCGUAAUGACCAUGAGCUUACCUUUUUGUCAGUUCAGAAAAAUCAUGAGCUUUUUCUGUGAGGCCCCUGCCCUGCUGAAGCUGUCCUGCUCCAACACACCCCUUUACGAGAUGUUCAUGUACCUGUGCUGUAUCCUCAUGCUCCUUGCCCCCAUCAUUAUUGUAUCUGGCUCAUAUGUUCUCAUCCUGCGCCUCAUCCACAGCAUAAAUUCAGCAGAGGGCCGCAGAAAGGCCUUUGCCACCUGCUCCUCCCACAUGGUGGUAGUGCUGCUCUUUUUUGGUGCUGGCAUAUACACCAAUAUGCUCCCCAGAUCCUACCACACAGGUGAGCAGGACAUGACGGUGUCUGCUUUUUACACCAUCAUCACCCCUGUGUUGAACCCCCUCAUUUAUAGCCUCCGGAACAAAGAUGUCACGGGGGCCCUGAGGAACUUGAUGCUAUCAGGGAUGAGACCGAGGAAGUUUUAAUGUGAACACCUAGGAAUGACCAUCUCCCAUUUCCCCAUCAUUUUCUCACUUCCCAACCUGUCCUCUCAUUCUUACCUCUGCUUCCUGAGCCCCAACAUAAAGUCCUAUAAGAUACUCCCUCCUUCUCAUUCAUGAGGUACUUCUUUUAUACACUGCUUACUCAUUCUUAGUAAUUUAUAUAUGUAUUUAAGUUCCAUAAAGUCCAUUGUUUGUGACACAAUAGCUGAUAUAAGGAAAACCAUAGGAAGUGCCUUGUAUCUUAUCACCUACCCCAACUUUAUUUACCAUUUUAGCAUAAGAUUUGGGAAGUUAGUGCCUUCAUCCUAAAAGUGAGUCACUGUAAAGAGUAAUUGAGUGAA